AUGGCCAUCUCCGCAUCGAAGCAAAAGCGCAUGGCAGCCAAGGCAUCCAAGGGCACCUCCGCCGCCACCACCACCAUCAAGAAUGCCGAUGGCAAGUCUAUCGAAAAGACCAUGAGCGAGCUUAAGCUUGAGGCCAAGCUGGCCACUGACCGCUCGGCCACCGGUGUGCUCACCUCUAACCUCCUUGGUCGCGACAUUCACAUUGACUCAUACUCGCUGUCAUUCCACGGACGCAUGCUUAUCGAGAACGCCCGUGUCGAGCUCAACUACGGUAACCGGUAUGGUCUUCUGGGAGACAACGGCUGCGGUAAGUCGACCUUCCUGCGCUCCAUCGCUGAGGGCGAUAUUGAGCUGCCGCCUCAUAUGGACACCCAUCUUCUGAGCGAGGAGGCUGCGCCUACCGACCUUAACCCCAUCGAGUACGUCGUCAAGGCUGCGCGCGACGAAUAUGCGCGUCUUGAGCGGGAGCUAGAGGAUAUGCUGGCUGAGGACGAGACCGGUGACAACCCCCUUCUCGACGGCAUCUACGAGCGCAUGGACCAGAUGGACUCCAACACAUUCGAGCCCCGCGCCGCCGAACUCCUCUACGGCCUUGGCUUUGAUAAGGACCGCAUGGAUCUGCCGACGAAGGCCCUUUCCGGUGGCUGGCGCAUGCGCGUUGCGCUUGCGCAGUGCCUGUUCAAGCGGCCUACCGUGCUCCUGCUCGACGACCCCACCAACCAUCUCGACCUGCAGUCAGUCGUGUACUUGGAGGAGUACCUCAAGACAUACAACCGCAUUCUGGUCAUUGUGUCGCACUCGCAGGACUUUUUGAACACUGUGUGCAACAACAUUGUACACAUCACUCCCAAGCGGCGGCUCAUCUACUAUGGUGGUAACUACGACAUAUUCGUGCGCACCAAGCAGGAAAAUGAGGUCAACCAAAUGAAGGCUUACGACAAGCAGCAGGAGGAGAUUGCCCACAUUAAAAAGUUCAUUGCCUCGGCUGGUACUUAUUCCAAUCUGGUUCGUCAGGCAAAGUCCAAGCAGAAGAUUAUUGACAAGAUGGAGGCUGCCGGUCUGAUCGAGAAGAUCGAGGUUGACCGUAAGAUCAAGUUCCGCUUCCCCGACACCACCCGUCUGCCCCCACCUGUGCUCAGCUUUGACGACGUCACUUUCAGCUACGAUGGAAAGAUUGAGAACGCGCUGUACACUGAGGUCGAGGCUGCCGUUGACAUGGACUCGCGCAUUGCCCUAAUUGGUCCCAAUGGUACCGGUAAGAGUACCCUGCUCAAGCUCAUGUCCGGAGAGCUCGAUGCUACCUCCGGCCGUGUCCAGCGCCACACCAACCUGAAGCUGGCCAAGUACAGCCAGCACUCCAACGACCAGCUGGACGGCGACAAGUCACCCAUUGACUAUAUCCGCAGCAAGUUCCCUCAGGUCUCCCAGGACAUCGACUUCUGGCGCCAGACGCUCGGUCGCUUUGGUCUGUCUGGUAACCACCAGACCAAUGCCAUCAACACUCUGUCCGAUGGUCUUAAGAGCCGUCUUGUUUUUGCCGAGAUUUCCCAGCAGGCCCCUGGCAUUAUUCUUUUCGACGAGCCCACUAACGGUCUUGCUCCUGAGGCCAUCGAUGGCCUUGCCGAUGCCAUCAAGGAGUUCAACGGCGGUGUUGUCCUGGUUUCCCAUGACUUCCGUCUGAUCACCCAGGUUGCCAACGAGCUGUGGCUGUGCGAGGGUGGCGAGAUUGUCAAGUUUACUGGUUCCAUUGAGGAGUACAAGGAGAACCUGCGUAAGCAGGUCAACCUCAGCGGAUAA